GCUCCGCCGCUGCCCCGUGGCCGCCGCCUGCUCCCCCGCGGCCCUCGGCGCCCCGCGUCGGGCCGGCCUCCCUCCCCGCCCGGAGCCGCGCGCCAGGACGGCCGAGGCCGCAGGAGUGGUUGGAAGAACAAUGCGUGUAAGUCUCUGACACCAUGAUAUCCAUCAGGCAAAGAAAAGGGGUGAAAACCACAGAAGUUUCUGAGGAUUAUGCGGCCCGAGAAGCCAAUGUGAAGUUGGAAAAUAAAUUGCCAUCUGGUUGUGCGAGUAGAAGGUUAUGGAAACUUCUGUCAUUUACAGUUGGUGGAACCGUUGCCCUUUGCAUUGGACUUCUAACAUCGGUCUACUUGGCUACUUUACAUGAAAACGAUUUAUGGUUUUCUAAUAUUAAGGAAGUGGAGCGAGAAAUCUCAUUCAGAACAGAAUGUGGACUGUAUUACUCCUACUACAAGCAAAUGCUGCAGGCUCCAACGCUCAUGCAAGGUUUUCAUGGCUUAAUAUAUGAUAACAAAACUGAGUCUAUGAGGACAAUUAACCUUCUUCAGCGAAUGAAUAUUUACCAAGAAGUUUUUCUCAGUAUUUUAUAUAGAGUUCUGCCCAUACAGAAAUAUUUAGAGCCAGUUUAUUUUUAUAUUUACACCUUGUUUGGACUGCAGGCGAUCUAUGUCACAGCCCUUUACGUCACCAGCUGGCUCCUCAGUGGUACGUGGCUGUCAGGGCUCCUAGCGGCUUUCUGGUAUGUCACAAAUAGAAUAGAUACUACAAGAGUUGAGUUUACCAUCCCACUGAGGGAGAAUUGGGCUCUACCAUUCUUUGCAAUUCAGAUAGCAGCAAUUACAUAUUUCCUGCGACCAAACUUACAGCCUCUUUCUGAAAGGCUGACACUUCUUGCCAUUUUCAUAUCAACUUUUCUCUUUAGUCUGACAUGGCAAUUUAAUCAAUUUAUGAUGCUGAUGCAAGCAUUAGUGCUCUUCACACUGGACUCCUUGGACAUGCUGCCAGCAGUGAAGGCAACCUGGCUGUAUGGCAUCCAAAUGACAGGUUUGCUCCUGGUCUGCAUUCUUCAGUUUUUUAAUUCUAUGAUUCUUGGAUCAUUGCUUAUCAGUUUUAAUCUUUCAGUAUUAAUUGCAAGAAAACUUCAGAAAAAUCUGAAGACUGGAAGCUUCCUUAAUAGGCUUGGGAAACUAUUGUUACAUUUAUUUGCAGUUUUGUGUUUGACACUUUUUCUCAACAGCAUUAUUAAGAAAAUUCUUAAUCUGAAGUCAGACGAACACAUAUUUAAAUUUCUGAAGGCAAAAUUUGGGUUUGGAGCAACAAGAGAUUUUGAUGCAAAUCUGUAUCUGUGUGAAGAAGCAUUUGGCCUCUUACCUUUUAAUACAUUCGGAAGGCUUUCAGAUACUCUCCUUUUUUAUGCUUACAUAUUUGUUCUAUGCAUCACAGUGAUAGCAGCCUUAGCGGUUGCCUUCCAUAACCUCAGUGACUCCAAAAGCCAGCAAUCCACGGGUCAGACGGGAAAGUGCACGAUCAUCCUGAAACCAGAAACUGCCUACAACCUAAUACAUACCAUUCUGUUUGGAUUCCUGGCAUUGAGUACAAUGAGAAUGAAGUACCUCUGGACGUCGCACAUGUGUGUCUUCGCGUCGUUUGGUUUAUGCAGCCCUGAAAUAUGGGAAUUACUUCUGAAGUCAAUCCAUCUUUAUAAACCAAAGAGGAUAUGUAUAAUGCGAUAUUCAGUACCGAUAUUAAUACUGCUGUAUCUGUGCUAUAAGCUCCAACACGCCGAGGAAGGCCGUGUUCGCCGGGAGCAUGCAGCUGCUGGCCGGGGUCAAGCUGUGCACGGGCAGGACCUUAACCAACCACCCCCACUACGAAGACAACAGCCUGAGGGAGCGGACCAAAGCGGUGUAUCAGAUAUACGCCAAGAGGUCCCCGGAGGACGUGCACGCCCUGCUGAGGUCCUUCGGCACCGACUACGUCAUCCUGGAGGACAGCAUCUGCUACGAGCGCAGGCACCAGCGGGGCUGCCGGCUGCGGGACCUGCUGGACGUCGCCAACGGGCACAUGAUGGAUGGCCCAGGAGAGAACGAUCCCGACUUGAAACUUGCAGGCCACCCUCGCUUCUGCGAAGAGAUAAAGAGAAACCUGCCACCCUACACAGCAUACUUCACUAGAGUGUUCCAGAACAAGACGUUCCAUGUUUACAAGCUAUCUAGAAACAAGUAACCAAGCUCUCUGUCCAACCUCUAUUUUUGAUAUUGAAAUUCCAUCCUAAUGCAACUCAACAGUAACAUUUCAUAUGUCUUUAGGUAGCCUGUACCACAAAGCUGUGAUAGGAGGAAGUUGUAGAGAUGUUUACACAAGCGUUACCGUCCUCAAAAGUAUCUUAACACAAGCUUCUCUUUUUUAUCUCGUUUCAUUAAUGUUCUUUAGCCUAAAGGUUCUCACCUUUCUAGGAGUGGUCUCAAAUUUUGUUGUUGGGGAGAAACGUAAGUGUGCCACAGGUAGCCUGAACAGCCACACGUCAUUCAGGAAAUCCAGAGGCUGUUCGGGAUUUGAAAUACUUUCAAUUGACUUCAGACAGCUACGGUUGAGUCGAAUUAAGGGGAUGCAUAGUUAAAUUCUUCAGUAUCGUUUCACUAGUGAAGACCAACGGGGAGCUUUUUAAAAAGCUCUUUAUCGUCCUGUUUGACCUAAACAUUUUAUAAUGUUUUCCAAUCGCCAUGCUUUUAAUAUUUUUUUUAAAAAAUCAUGUUAGGUCUUUGUAUAUAUAUCUAAAACUUUUCGUUGUGCCCUGUCUGAAAUGUAAAGUUUAGCACUUCAGUAUGUGUGUGUGUGUGUGUGUGUGUGUGUGCGGGCGGGCGCGCAUGCAUGCAGGUGCAUGUUUUAAUGUGGGAUACAGAAAAGUGUGACAAAUUCCUUAUUGUAAGUCAUGAAAGGAGCAGAAAUGUUAUGUAGCCGAGCAGAAUUUGUUACUGUUUAGUGUUAUUUUAAAACCUAUUGAUACUAUUUAGCCUAUCCUGCAAGUAAGAAAAUUUUUCUUCAUUUCUUACUCAUUUAAAUUUACUGGGUUUGCAAAAUUUUCUAAACUUUUUGUUUUUAGCCUUUGUAUUUUUUACAGCCUAGAACCUUGCAAAGUCUGAAUAUUUUUAAAAUGUUCUAUCUUAACUAAUUCACGAAUACAAUAUUUUUGGCAGAGAGCAUUUUCAUACCAAAUUUGAUUUGUGGUCUCCAAUCUUAACUGUGAGGGCCCGGGUAAUGUUAUUCUUUUUCUUACUAAAAGGUAACUAAGUGCCUCUAAGUCAUGCUUAUUUGUAAACAACAAAGAGGAUUAUGUAUACCUGUUCAAACAUUUUUUGAUAAUUGCUUUUCUAAUUAAUUUCUAAUGAGGGGGACAUGUAAAAGUUGCUGAUAAAAGCAUAUUGCACAUUUAACUAAAUCAAGGUGGCUAAUGAAAUUAACUUUCUCCCCUGUUCUUGCCAAUUGGAAAUGAUGGAAAGGUCUCUCCUUGCACUUGUACUGAAGUACCCUAGGCAUCAAGCUAGACAGAUCACACGUUCAAGUUAUUUCACAUUCAGUUACUACUUAUUAAACAGUGUUCAAAAAAAGAAGUUUUAGACUGUCAUGUUGGACUCCAGGAUACUCGGCUUUUUUAUCCAAACUUAUUUAAAUUAAAAAAAAAAAUUGGCUGGGUUACUAAAUGAUGCAGCUGAAACUCCUGAAUUAUGUCUUUCCUGUAUUCUGUAAGAAGGUUGGAGACCACUGCAGUUUAGGGUAACACAGUAACAAAACACUUUAAUCAGUAGGAGAACUUUAAGCCAGGAAUGAUGCAUGCCUGGUGUGGCUGACAGCAUGGGUCAGCACAUCCUUCGGCGAGUGCCUUACUUUUCAUUGAAACGAAGCACACGUAAGGUACAUGUUAGACUACGUAGUUUUGUUUUUAAAGUCCUCGAUCACCUUCCAGAUAUAUUCCAGUUUUAUUUUAAAUAUUUCUAUAUGCACUAAUCUAAGCGUUUGCGUACGUGGAGUCUCAGCAUAAGAAACACGUCCUUAAAUGUGUAUGCUUAUCACCAUCUUGAUGGCACGCAGGAAUCUUUUUCUCCUAGUGUAGGUGCCAUUGUUGCCAAGAUAUUUAGUGUUUAGUCUUCAGCGAAAAAUACAAAGUGCCAAAAAAAAAAAUCUUGCAAGACAGAGUCCAUACAUACACUCUUUCCAAGACACUGUGACCAUGUGUAGUAGACAUUUUUCUUUGCUGAUGAACAAGUCUGUCAACAAAUCCCGUUAAACGUUCUUAGCGUUCAUCAGUAUUCUCUUGUAUGAUCUUGUUGGAGUCCACAGGAGGAAAGGGGAAGAGUGGCUGAUGCCUGGCUCUGUACCAGGCCAGAGCAUGGCACCGGGGGCCGUCACUCCCACCACACAGAUCUCAGCAGCUGUGUUAAUGUUUGGUAGUGGCCUCAAACGUGGCUGUUUUUUUAUGGGGAGGAUAACCCCUUGAUGUUGCUUCAGAGCUAGCUAGCUAGAAGAACCUCUCAGUACAAUAAGUGCUCUUAAUGAUCCUCUACUUACGUGACUCCCCAGAUUCCCUGACUGUCUCCACCCGUCUUGUGAGCUGACGAACCAGGCUGCUCCCCAGUGUCCUCUCAUUCCCGAGCUCCCUCCCGUGAGUUCUGUACUCGUACCAAACUGCCCUGUGCGAGUUCCCCUUCUUAUAGUAAGUACACACUUCAACACAAGCAUAGGAAAUGGGGUAAAAAGGGUUAUUUCUGUGAAAAUUAAUUUGACUGCUUUGGUAAGGCUUGAUAAGGUUGAGUCACUAAUAAAAACUGCUUUUGAGUAAAUUACCUGUGGUUGGGAAAAUUAUAAAAUAUUGGGAACAUGAAAUUCAAGAAAAUUUCAGAGCUCAGAUUGCUUUAUAGAUUUAAGUACCUGUUGCACCUUUAAAAACAUCUCUACUGACCAGAGGUAUUAGAACAUACCCAAACCACAUUCCUGGUACAAUUUAUGCAAGAAUAGAACUGGAAUCAUUGAACCCUUAUUGCAAAGGAAAGACCCUGGCUUCACAGCAGAAGAUUAGCAAAUGAAUGGACUAUUACACAUUUAAAGUUACGAUUCCCUACUUAGAUCUACUUACUUCAUUAAAUGGCUUCAUUAAAUGACUGAUACUGAUCACAGUGGCUAUUAGAGAUUCUAGUAUAGUUGAAAGGUUCCAGUCACUUUUAUUACAGUCCGAAGAAAUAGGGAUUCAUUUCAGAUAUAUUGGCCAGGAGCAUAAUUAGGUGUUAAGUAGGCCAUCUGUUGUCCACUUGCAGACGAUUUUCUUUCUUUGUGAGGUCAGCUAGGGGUGCGCGUGUGUGUGCACAUGUGCGCGUGUGCGUGUGUUGGGUUGGUGCUGCCGGAGGGCUAGGACUUAUGUAGAUAUUUCAUCUGGUCUGCAUCUUUACUUCACAGUUAACUAAAAAUGUUUACUCUCAUUCCAUGUGAACUUUGUCUAAGAUGUACCAAUUUUAGCUUAUCUUUGGCCAAAACUUACCUGAGUUAACAUAGAAAUACUCCCAUUUUUAAAAUUCAAUUGAAACCUUGGAAUUAAAUAGGAAGAUACAAAAUGUUCCCAGAUCAUGUAUCUUGGUUAAUAUGCUCCCAAAUGCUUUAUAUAUGACAACCUUUUUGGCCUAGAAGAGAGUGCUUAUCUGUUGAUGGAAAAAAGCUUUUAAGAUGAGAGUGGCUUGCUUUCUUGUGGCAAUUGGCAAUUGAUUUUCUGUAUUUAACAUCCUAUGGGUAAAAUCUUACAAAGAGCUUUUAUAAUUUGUUGUACUGAAUUGUACGGAGAUUAUAUACUAAAUAAAGCUCUUUUAAAGUACACAA